CCCCCAGGAACACCCCACACCCGUGCGGACCCCGAGGAGCCGGGAGCGCUGCACCGCUCGGUUCUCGUGCAAAGCAGGUGGGUGCACUUGCCAAAGACCUGAGCCAGCCGCAUGCAGAGCGCUUCACUUGCUCAGUCUCCCGGCCAAUCUGACGCCCGAAGGAGCCGGCAAGCGCCAGCCGGGAAGCCGUACGCCCCGGCGGGAGUGCGAUUUGGGGAGCGCGGAGGACGGGUUGGCCGAGCGGAGGUGCAGGGACUCCCCUGCGCCAGACUCGAGGCCACGGUGCACCUCGGGAAGGAGCGGGGCUGAGUGGGGGGCGCUGGGGGCCAAGCGGCCGCCCAGCCAGCAGUUCACACGGAAAGCCCGGCCCCCCCGCUAGCACAGCCUUCUUGGGACCUCCUGGGGGCAGCCAGAGCGGAACCCCGGAAGGGGCAAAUGGGCCCAAGCUUCGUUCCUCCCCAAGCCGCCUCCCGCGGCUUCUGCAGAGCCCCCCCUGCCCCCCCGUCCAGGGUACUCACUCUCCAUCGUACAUCUCGUCUUCCCGGCAGACCACCUGCGUCACGGCGGCGGCUUUCCCUUCCAUGCUGCCUUCCUGGCUGCGGCCCAGGAGAGAUGGCGGGUUCUGCCUCCACCCGCAGAUGGCCGAGGACCUGCUGGACGCGCACCCGCUCGCCGCGCACCGCCUGCUCGGCGUCUCGGUCGGGUACUUCCUGCAGGACUUCCUGGACAUGGUGUGUCACCAGAAGCUCCGUCAAUGCUGGGAACUGCUCUUCCAUCACUCUGUGGUGAUCGCCUGCUUCGGCUUUGCAUUCCUGGUCCACCGAUACGUGGGCUUCGCCAUGGUGGCGCUGCUGGUGGAGAUCAACUCUAUUUUCCUGCACCUGCGAACGAUCCUGCGGAUGGCCGGCCUGGCGAACACCCCCUCCUACCGCCUCACCAGCCUCCUGAACCUGGGCACCUACGUGGUGUUCCGCAUCAUGACGCUGGCCUGGAUGAUGCGCUGGCUGCUGCUCAACCGCGAGAGCAUCCCGCCCGGGUCCUAUGCGCUGAGCAUGCUGGGCAUGGCCAUCAUGACCCCCAUGAACGUGGUCCUUUUCUUCCGGCUGCUCCGCAGCGACCUGCUCGCAUCCAGCUGGCAUGAGAAGGAGACGUAGCGGCGCUGGGCUCGUCCGUGGGGCAGCUGCAGGCUCCGUGGGGCGAGUGGGGAGAGGCCGGGCAGAGGAGGGGCGCUCAUGACCCUCCUUCUGGGCUGCAGCUGCCCUGGAGCACCCGUGGCUGGCGAUGGAAAGGCAGUGGCUGCCUCAAGGCCGACUUUCCAGAGAACCUGGCAGCCCAGCAGCGCCUUCUGGGUGCUGGAACGACACCCAGAGCCGCCGAGGACGGCCCUGCAGAGGCUGGCGCAGAGGGGAGGCCCAGGGCUUGGGGCCCGGUGCGAUGCCUCACCCCACGAAAGAGGCCCUGCUUGCGGCACGGGCUGCCACGGCUGGGGGCAGGGGAGCGUCCCAGUGGCAGGAGCACCCAGGCCAGCUGCCUCCCACUCUUCUGGGCUGGCCAUGGCUGGACGGUGCCUUAGGUCCUGGGUGGGAAGGCUGGGGAGAUCGUCAUGGAGGGGCAGGGAGCCAGGAUCCCACUCCCGCCCUGUGUGCUGCUGGCCUGUUCUCCCCCUUCCCCCCUCCCUCCCGGCCAUGGAGCUGUCAAGGGGCAAAGGACACCUCCUGCACCUAGGCAGUGCCCGGCUGUGUUCAGAAGCAGCAGCACUGCCCACCGCCGUCCCGCUGGCUGUGCAGACUAGUCUGAGCCGUUCAACUCCAGUUCACAGCCUCACGGCUCUGACGCUGAGCGGCAGUACCCUAAAUCCACUAGGAUCCAAGCCGCUCCGAGGCCCGGCCAGGUCACCACAGCAGCACGAAGGGAAAAUACGUGUGGAGAAUUUCUCUGCUUUUGUAACGAAGUUGUGCUUACGCAAAGUAACUACAUAAAAAGCCAAGUGAGUGCCCUGCUUGGAAGUGCUGUGGCAAAGAAGGCCUCUGCAGGGGAGAUGGGAAGGGGGCUCUGCGAUCUCGCAGGUGGGGCCGUAUCCCCCUUCUCCUUCCAAACUCACGGGGUCAGCGUAGCACUGCAUGACUUGGGCAUACAAAAUUCGGAAGUGAAUGUGGUACGCAGCAAUCAACGUACUUUUCUGCACAGACAUGCCUGGGUCCCUGUGAAGCGGGUGCCAGGCCCCGGAGAAAACGCACCUCUACACAAAAGCGACGGUGUGGUAAUAUAUGUAUAUAUAUUAAUAAAGAAUUGAACCAGACUUCACAAAA